AUGACUACAAGGCGUUAUACGGAUCCCGUGUAUCUGCAAUAUAUAUGGGAUUCAGUUGAGAUUCCAUCAGCUGAUCAAAUAUGCAACUUUGACCACAUUCUGCGAUAUAUUCGUUCUGAGAAGGAUCCUAAAUUUUCAGUGUCAAAACUUCAGGAACAGUUAGGAAAUGCGGUGCGAGACAAUUGUAUUGUUGUAAAUGACUCCCAUUACCGAAGACCAGAUUGGCCCUCUUUGCUAACGAAAUCUUCCCAUGAUUCGUACUGUUUCCAUUGUCACCUGCCCGGUCCUGUUAUUAAUUGUUCGACCUGCUUCCGUGUGUACCACGAGGUCUGUUAUAAACGCUCAUUCGAGAUCAAUUCAUUCUUUGAUUUUCCUGAUGAAAAAUAUCGACCAUCCAAUGCGUCCGCAUCUUCUUGCAUUACCUGUAGACGUCUCAAUGACACUCAAUUAAGAAAUGAGACUAAACCAAAUAUUCGCAAAAUUUUUGCUAUUAUUGAGGAAAAAAUGCAGGGAAAGGUUUCCUGGCUAAAUCUCUGUACUGUUGGGUACGUCGAGGAACUGAAUCGAAACAAAUAUUUCUGCAUAAAGCAGAUUAAUACUAAAAUGAUUGCUUCCAAGUUGUCGGAAGGUUAUCUUACUCGUACUCAUCUCUUGGUCGACCUUGACCUUCUCGUUCAUAAUGUAGCCGUAAUUUAUGGUACUAAGGCGGAAAUGACUAUUACCGCACGUAAUCUUCGCUCAACCAUUCUAAAGGAACUUAAGGAAUCUUCAUACUGUGCCGAUUGUUAUGUCCGGUCAAAUGGGGGGCGACCCGAUCGAUUUCAAAUUGUUAGGGCUUGUCCUCGACCCCAUGAUAUAGUCUGGUAUCAAUACGGUAGCUGGGCCUUUCGACCUUGUAAAGUCCUUUACAAAAGUGACGAGAGCUACGAGUUAAUCUCCUUUGACAACCGACGUGAACGAAUAUCGGCUCAGAAAAACAGCGUCUUCCUAUUCACUGUCUCUUCUUCUAAUUUGGGUAUGACGGUCAACUCAGCUCUUAAGCGCGCUCUUCAAGACGCGAGAACGUAUGUGGAGAACCAACAGAAACUCACUCCUGGAUUUGAGUUUGAUGUCUCGUUACUUAACUGUGAUGUCGGUCCAAAACCCCUGAAGCAAUCUGACGACACUGACGCUUUCCAAUUGAAAAAAUCCCGGAAAUCGACCACUGCCACUUCGAAGACUAGUUCUAAGAGAAGUUCUGCUUCUUCACAAUAUCCUAAGGGCAAGACUGAUAACUUCAACGAAAAGGCUCCGGCUGCUUCUGUAGCUGCUCUAGUUACCCCUUCUUUUCGUCCCGUUUCAUCACCUGAUGAAAACAUUAGCUCUAGAACGAGCAGUACAGCUUUUCGCUCGGCUCGGGUUUACUCCUCUGAUACUACUAGUGAUAGUGAGGAGAAUAGCGUGUCCAGCUCUGAUUCCGAUUCUGAUUAUCCUCCUGCCAAACGCCCCACCAGCACUACAUAUCGAGCUACCCCCCCUUCCAUGUCCAAAGUUCCCACUUCUCCGGCUGUGCCUUCAACAAAAAAGACUAAAUCCCUUACUUUUCCUUCAUCUACUACUUUGCCAUCCUCUACUCGUGCGUUUUCGGGUAGGGCUACUGUAACAGACAGUGACUCUGCAUCCUCCUCUUCUCCCCUUGAGUCUUCUGAAUCUCCUCGGUUGAAUAAACCCUCUCCUCUUCCUAUAUGUCGAAAAAGAAGUAUAAGUAGUAGUAGCAGUAGUUGCAGUAGCGUUUCUUCCGCUUCUUCUGCUAAGUCGGUCCUCUCUUCCCUCACCCAUUCGAAGAAGCUGAAGACAAUGUCAAAAUUCGCUACCAAAUCAGUGCAACAGGUAUCGGGACGCCUUUCGAAGAAGAACCAACGUGUCACUGAAAGUGCUGUUAACGUAAAGGAUCUUCUUAAACGAGCGAGUAGGAAGACUGCUACCGGUAUCUUAACGUCGGGCAUGAUUUCGUCGUUUGCAUCCAAGCGUAAUUCCGUUCCACCCGCCGCUGCCACUACUAACAGCAAUAAUAAUGGCGUGCCUUCGGUAUUGUCUGUAUCUCCAGCAGCUCUAUCUUCCAGUUCCGGGAUAGGCUCUACGGUGGACGCCUCUCCUGUCGAAGCGACUUGCACUGGGCACAACUGCGCCAACCAUGCUGCUGCCGAGGAUCACAUGCGUCAACUAAUUGCUGCAAAUACCGAAAACGAAAAGCUCAAGAAACAAAUUAGGGAGCUACAACGCCAAAUGCAAGAAAUGGGAGAGCGGCAUGCCCGUGAGCUUGAGGAGGCAAAGAAGCACGAGUGGUGUCGGCGUUGCCUAAAGAAGUCUAUCUACUACUGUUGUCCUGGGGCCUCCUACUGUUCUACGGACUGUCAGAAGGCGGAUUGGACUUCUGGACACAGCUCAUUUUGCCGUCGAUUGACGGGUUUUUAA